UGAUAAGACGGCCCUAAGUUAUGGUGUACAAAUAUCUAGAUGUUAUGAGGUUAAAGCGACAUCUUUCUUGAGCGCUUUUUUUUCUUUAUAUUAGCCACGUUUUAAUUAAACACGUUUACUCACAUUGGCCAGUGCCUAGAAAUUUUCUAGUGGACUACCUAUUAAAAGAUUUAAUAUUUAACUGACCAAUUGGUAACGUGAGUCAUAUUGGAUGUCAUUUGAAUAAAACGAUAGUAGGGAAUUCUCUUAUAGAACGCAAUAUAAAUUCACCAUUUUCUCAGGUUUGUUUACGUAUUCGGAACUUUCUACGACUUACGAUCGGAGUGAUAUUGUGUUUUCGAAGCGAUUGACAGCUACCACGAAAAAAAGAGAAAAGGCUGCACUUGUGCAUUUAUUCAUAUUUUGCUCCGAAAAGAUUUUUCUUAAUCUAGAAUGGCGAAAUCGGAAAUGAACAACGAGUUUGUUCUUUUACGACAUGCGGUUCGUCAAGCGCGAAUCUGUACAAUAAAUAAAGUUAUUAAGGUGGCUAAAUUAUUGCGGGACAAACAUGGAAAUGAAAUACAACUAGAGAAGAAUAAAAAGAAAGCUGACAAGCUGAUCGAUGAGGUUUAUGCAUUGAAAAAGAUUAAAGAUGAUGAAAUUUCAAGAUUUGGUAUUUUUAAUGAAAGAAGUCUGACUGAAAUUUUGCAAGAUUUAUCAUCAACUGCCAAUGUUCGUAUAAUGGCAAGAGUGACGCAUUAUGCAGCUUUAAAUAGAAGAUUAAAGCAGUUUAAGGAGAGGUUCCCAGAUUGUAAGAAGCAAUUGGCAGAGAAAAAGAAAACUACAAAAUUAAAAGAUAAGAAAUCUAAAGAGAGUAAAAAUUCAGAAAAACAAAAAGCUAAUUUGGAUAAAAAUAUUGAACAAUCCCAACAUGAUUCCACAGAUGAGAAAUCGCAUAAUAAUAUAUUAUCCAAAACAAAGAAGAAUUUACGCAAGCGCGAGUCAUUGGAUGAAGAUGAUAUGCCCUUGGCAAAACGAAAAUUAAUGAAAUUACAGAAAAACGAUACAUCGAAAAAUACUGUCACAAAUAAGCAGUCAAGUGUAAUUAAACCAUGCAGCGUUACGAUAGAAGCCACAGUGAAGAGAUUUACAGAGUUCUUGAAAGAAGAAGAAGUUCCACAAAAUGCACAGAUGUCUGUCGUAAAUCAAGAUCUUGCAGGUACAACUGAGCAAGUAAAUCAAGAUUUUGCAGGUACAACUGAGCAAGUAAAAAUGGUCGAUGACUUUUUUAUCACUGAAGAUAAUGAAGAUUGUCAAGGAAAUAGUACUAGUGCCUCGACAUCAUAUGCAAGAUUUCCUAAAUAUAAUACACGAGCUUCGACAUCAUAUACAAGAUCUCCCACACAUAAUACGCGAGCUAAAGCUUUCCAAUUGAAUGAUCGAAAUAAAAAUAGAAAUACAAGUCAUAAAAAUAAUACAAAGUUUAAUACAAAAAAUCCUGGCAAGCGAUCUUUUCCUAUGAAAUCCAAUAAAAUGAUAUCUAAUAAGAUUAAUAAGAGCACAAAGAAAAAUAACAUAAAUGAAAAUACAAUUGCCAAUAAAAAAGAUGAAGACAUCAGUUUACAUCCUUCUUGGUUGGCUAAGAAAAAAGAACAAGAAAUCAUGAGCCAAGGAUUUCAGGGCAAGAAAAUUAUAUUUAAAGAUGAUUAAGUAUAAUAGUUUAUUGUAUGGAACAAGGAGCUUACAAAUUAAUCAAGAACUUUCUGUAAAGUGCAUUACAAACUUACGAUACACAUUUAUCGUAUUGUAACAAAAAUGUAUACAUAUAUACAUUUAUCUUCAAUUGUUCAUUCAAUGUAAAUAAUAUGCAAAUAUUUUAUUUUCCAAAUAGUUUAUAAUUUUGUCAAAUAAAAUGUAAAUGAAUUGCACUUAUUUGUGAUGCUUUGGUCUUCUUUAUGCAACAUAUCUCGUAAAUAUAUUAUUGUGCAAAAACA